AUGACUCCUGAACAGAAAGCCAGAGUAGAAGCAAAUAGGAAAAAAGCUUUAGAAAGGUUGAAAAAAAGAGGUAUAUUAAAUAAGGAACAAGCUAAAACAAUAGCAAGUAGGAAUGCACAACCAGUACCUCAACCAGUUAUCCAGAAACUAGCUUCUGUAUCUCCAUCCACAAACGAUUUACGGGAUCAAAAUAGAACUAAUAUCAACGGCAACAUCACGAAUGCUCAACCUUCCAAUAGUGCAGAUAGUAAUAUGACGCCUGCUGCUGCUGCUGCUGCUGCUGUUCCACCAAAGAGACCAUUAGAGAAGAUAAGACCAAGCAUACGAAUGAAAGAUUAUAUAGAAUAUGAUUUCUCCACAAUGCAAAAUUCAAAUGGUGGGUAUAUAAACCCACAAGAUAGACUAAACCGAUCGUCUGAAGAUUUCGAUUACAAUGAUCCAGACUUUCUUGGAUCGAAGAAACAAAAGACAUUAGAUGAUUGGAAAAGAGAGCAAAGAGAACGAAAGGCUAUAUAUGAGAAUAUGCCACCACCGGAACAUAUCUCGUUGGCUCCGAAGUGUGUGGAAUGUCAAAUUAAUAUUGAAAUGGACCCGGUUUUAAAUGAUGUUUUCAAGUUACAAGUUUGUAAAUCUUGUGCUAAGGAGCAUCCUGAGAAAUACUCGUUGUUGACAAAGACUGAAUGUAAGGAGGAUUAUUUCUUGACUGAUCCAGAAUUAAACGAUGAGGAAUUGUUUCAUAGAUUGGAGAAACCAAAUCCUCAUUCAGGGACAUUUGCUCGAAUGCAGUUGUUUGUUAGAUGUGAGAUUGAAGCAUUUGCGUUUAAGAAAUGGGAUGGUGAAGAUGGAUUAGAUAAAGAAUGGCAACGUCGUGAAGAAGGGAAAUCAAUGAGAAGGGAGAAAAAAUAUCAACAACAAAUUAAACAAAUGAGAAUCAAAACAAGAGCACAAGAAUAUACUAAGAAGCUAUUAGAAAAGAAACAUGGGAUACUACAUGUUCAUGAAUUUAGUGAACCGAUGAAUGGUGGGAAAGAUGAAGAUGGGAAUGAUAUUUUGAGAAGGAGAUGUGUUGGAUGUGGGUUAGAGACAGAAGAAGUUUCCAUAUAG